ACAUCUCUCGAUCUCGCUACUCGUGUCUUGAAAUCUUGAUAAUUAUUUUCGAAAAUUUUAAUUAAGCAAUUGAAAAAAGGUUUAUUUCCUGAAAAAGAAACAUAUAAAUACUUAGAAAAAGUUCAUCGAGUAAAGAAGUCCCUGUGCAUCCGGCAAAAAUGAUAACAGCAUUACCAGUACCAUCAGUGAAAGUCUUUCACAAAACAUACUAUCACGAAAAAGGUUCGAGGAUAGGAAGUAGCCAACCUGGAAGUCCAUUAACUGACAGUGAAGGAGUUGCUGCUUUAGGCGACAAAGAACCACCAGAAUACUACUUUUGUGGAAAGGUGAAUUCGUUGCAUGUACUAGUGGGAUCGUUGCUCCUUGGAGUAGUGGUAUUGGUGGUUGGACUUGUCCAAUUAGCACCUGGGGCGGAAGCCGCACAAAACUCAGCAGUUCUCAUCGCUACCGGAUCCGGUCUCUUAUUUAUAGGCGUCAUGAUGGUUCCGUUGAGAACUUUAUGUAUCAGAAAACAAAAAGUUUCUCAAAAGGACGGCACUCAUCAGCGAAGUGUCACGAGCAUAGACAUGCUAUUAGCGCAGCAUAGGGAAUUCACUGUUCUAACACCUGAAGAAAUCGAGGAUCUCGUCGGCAGAUCAACUUCCGCUUUGGAGAAUAAAAUUAGAAAACAAGGUCACAAUACCUAGGUGAUACAAAAGUCGAAGAGAGUUAUAGUGUCAUCACCAUCAACCUCAUCUUCGACAUCGCCUGGAACAAGCUCGUCCAUACUUUACACUCAUCGGUGUGAUUCGAGAGAGCACAGUCUUGUCUAAACUCUCAAAUCAAAUCGGAUUGAUCCAUCCUGGAAUACAUCAUCCAGAAAUGCACCAUUCCAUUCUUAUUCACAAGAUCUCUAAACAAUAGAAAGGAAUUAAGAGUUGCAUAAAACCAAUUCUUGAAUUGUUGACUACAAAUUAAAAAAGAAUGAAUAAUAAUCUAAGCAGAGGAUCCACAAACUAGAAUAACCUUUUCGCCUUUCCGGUUCUUAUUUAAAUUUCAAUUGUUCAAACGGCUAUAGAAAGUACUUGACUAUUUGAGUUCACGAUUCGAAGCAGGUGAUUUGAAAUCAAACCACGUUUGAAUUUCAACAUAUUCUGGCACUUCCUGUGUUCAAAAGUGCCUUUCUCCCAUCUUUUUUUUGGUUUUUUACAGUCAUCUUUAGUAGUAUUCCUAAAUGUCACUUGAAUUUAGUAAACGCACUGAAAGUAAUUAUCUAUUGACGAUUAUUCGCAUUUUCCGAAAUCUAUAGGGAUAAAGUAAAAUAAAUAAAUCUCGGAAGUUGCAAUAUUUGGUAAGUUUUUGAAAUUGAUAAUACCUGCGACUUGUUACUUACAGUGUGUCUCCACACAUCUACCUUGUAUGACGUACUUUACGUGAACGUGAGCUCAUAUGUAUAAGAAAAUUGUAGGGCUCUAGCGCAAGCGCCUAAAGUUUCGGAGCAUAGACUUUUCUAAGAUUUGAAAUAAGUUUAUUUAUAGGACGCUAAUGUGCCUCCUUGGGGCAAAAAUAUAUUGUUGUUAAAUACGCGAUCGAUUGCUUCCCUGUCAAUCACUGAUUCUUUUCUAUAAGGUUUCACAAUUGAAAAUUAACAAGAGUAUUAUAUUUCUAAUUGAUAUUGAUAAGAAAUAUAUAUAAGCAUCUUAAAGAAAUAGAGCCAUAGAAAGAACCACGCUGAUAAUAAAAAAUAUGUUUUAAAAUUAUAUGAAAAAAUUAUUAUUCGAGGCUUAAGAAUUAUUAUUAAAGAGGGAUCUCGGUAUGUUACCGUUUAAAAGUUAGUUGGGUGUUAGUACUUGGGUAGUCCAAAAAAGUCGACUCCCUUUUUUUGUUUUCAAAUCUGUCAACAUUAACUCGUGCCACCCACAGGCAAUUGUACUUGCUAUGAACUUUCUUUCUAAAAUAAAGUUUAUUAACUUCUUAAG